GGCCCGGGGGGGGGCCAUGUACGCCGUUUACAAACAAGCCCACCCCCCCACGGGGCUGGAAUUCGCCAUUUUCUGCAAUUUCUUCUCCAACGCCGAACGCAACUUGGUGGUGGCCGGGUCCUCCCAGCUCUACGUUUAUCGCCUCAAUCAUGAUUGUGAGACGGGCGCGAAAGGUGAUAGAAAUACAGAAGGGAAAGGCCACAAGGAGAAGCUGGAGCUGGUGGCUUCUUUCUCCUUCUUCGGCAACGUCAUGUCCAUGGCCAGUGUCCAGCUGGCGGGGGCCAAACGUGAUGCCCUGCUCCUCAGCUUUAAGGAUGCCAAG